CUUUGCUUGAAUCUUACAUGUAAUCAGAUUCCAGCACCCCUGUAGAUUGACCAUGCGAUGAGAUAACUUUGCUUUGCAAUAAGACAACCAUCCUUGAGUGUAAUUUAACUUUCAAUAAUUGUUGAUUAAGACAAAGUGAAAACAAAAAUAUUAGUAUAAUGGUGAUUCCUGUAUACUUGUAUGUUUCCUGUUAUGCCAACUUCCUUUUAUUUAGAGUGAAACAAAUAUUUGCAUGUGAUUACUGAUGGAAGUUUCAAUUUCUGUUCUUGUUUCCUGUUACACCAUCUACCAUUCUUUAAAAUGGAACAUAUACAUGUAAGCAUUUGCUUUCAGUCUUAACAUAAGAAGUCAGGAAUAUGAAGACUUGUGUCACAUGAUGUACUUCUAACCAAUCAGAACUCUAAAUUCUCCUGAUCUGCUACAGUGAUUUCUACAUUAUUUGGAAGCUUGAAUAUCAAUGUUUAGUUGCCAAGACCAAAAAGAGAGAGGGGUAACCUUCCGUGCACUUUCAUAAGGAAGUUUCCACUCACUGGAUGUUUCCUGUUACCAAACUCCUUACGUUAUUUUGUAUGAAAUUCAAACAAUGUCUGUUUAUGAUCUUCAUUGAAAUUAAUCAGAAUAUGGUAUUUAGAAAGAAAGGAUAAGCAACCUCUUGGUCACUUUCGGAUUGAACUUUUUAAUGUCUGCUGGUGUUUCCUGUCCAAUCAACUCAUGAUGAUAUUGAAUUCACUGGGAUUGAAGAAGUGGCUGACUGUGACCCUCUCUGAAAACUAGUGAGACAUAUUGAGAUAGAUAUUUCUGAGCUGAAAGUCAUUGUGCAAGGUUGCCUGACCUAGACAGUGGAAUGAUUUGAUGCAGUCUCCUAGAUGUACUUGUUGGUGAUCCAUGUGUGGUGUGGUUCCUGAAGGACUACCUUUAAAAAAGUGAUCUUACCAUCAGCACUGGGAUCAAGAUGGAUGCUACAACUCUGGAGAUAACUACCCUUGAGAGUCCUGCAACUUUGGCACCAGAUGAAGGCUCUUUGUAUUCUACUAGGAGCCAAGCUGUAUUUGUCGCCUCUGUACUCAUCAUCAACGGACUGCUUGGCCUACUUGGCAAUUUGAUGGUGUUCCUGGCAGUCUCUCUGUCCAGGAGUCUGCAAGACACAACCCACGUUUUUGUGGUGAGUCUGGCCGUCUCUGAUUUCAUCACAUCACUGGCCCUGCUGUUCGAGGGCAUCUCCGUGCUCUCAGAGACUGGAUGGCCGUUUGGUUCUGACCUGUGCAAGCUUUCCGGAGCUCUGCUGAUCUUGACUGUCCCGACCAGCAUCGUGACUUUGACUGCAAUUGCGAUCAACCGCUACGUCCUCAUCACCAGGAGCAAGACGCUUUUCCUGAAGAUCUACACCCGCACUCAUGUUGCUAUAAUGGUUGCUAUAAUAUGGAUUUUUCCAUUUCUUGUGAUAGUAGUACCACAGCUAAUUCCUGCAACCGGGGGUUUAGAGUAUGAUCCUAAAUCCAGAUUCUGUAGUUGGGACUUGGAGCAUAAUCUCUUGGAAGUGUUUCGAAUCAUACUCCUUGUGGGUUCCAUCUGCUGUUCAAUUCUGAUAAUCUUCUGCUAUAUGGCCAUCCUUCUCUUUGUCCGGAAACAGAUCAAGUCAACAAAGGACAGAUGGAGCACAUCUGCUGUGGAUGCCAACAAGACAAAGACAACACCUAGUCGUCUGAGCAAGAAACAGAUUGAUAUCACCAUAAACCUGGCUAUCGUUGUAGUAGUCUUCUUCAUUUGCCUUCUGCCAUAUUCCAUCAAUCUUGCAUGGUAUGAAGACACGCUAUUCACAACCCUCCUGUAUUUGCUUCUCAAUCUCUCCCCCUGUAUCAAUCCCGUGAUAUAUGCCAUGAAGCAUCCCACCUUUAAAGCAGUUUUCAAGUGCAUGGUUUCCUGCAGGUUCAAGGAUAUUCCUCACCCGUCAGCAUGGCUCAAGAAUGUCCUCAAGGCCCCCAGGUCUAAACCCUCUGAACCUACUGAUACACCAUCCACCGAUCUUUAACCACAGACAUAUGCUGGCAAACAUCUCCUUUUCCAGGCAGAUUCAAGGGCAUGGUUCCCUGAGAUUUAGCAGAUGUACAUGUGCCUCACCCAUAUGUGGCAUCAUCUUAUACCUUGAUUGUCAAAUUACUGCAAUGUCUCUGUGGAAAUCUUUUGAAAGAACAGUUAAUUUACCCUUAUCAUGAAACAUUGACAUCACAUAAUUACACUUGUCACUCCAAACCCAUGUGUGAUAUAUUAGCCUUACUCAAAUGCAGUAGGCUUGGACCGAGAUCUGAAGAUUGCAUUGCAUUUAGAAGCAAACUGCAAAAAAAACCCAACAAAUCAGCCCUAAAUAACUUUCUGAUAUUGAGAAUAAAUGUAGUGUAAUGUGCUUUUAUAUUAUAAUGAGACCAUUGAAUGUGUUUUUCUUUUCUCAUGUUUCUCAGUCCUAAUUAAGAACUGAGGAGACAGUAAAUAAUCAUAGAUUAAUUAUACUCCUACUAAGGCUUGCAAAGAGUUUCAGAGUGAUAGGAUAAUGCAUAUAUAUUUUUCAGAAAUGCUAAUAAUGUAACAUUUUAUUUCAGUGGGAUUUUGUUUUAAUGCUAUCAUAUUUCUGGAGUGCAUUUGUUAAAUAAACAAUUAAGGGGAAGAUAAUUAUGAAUUAAUAAAUGAUUUCUUUGAAUUCUGCUGUUUUAAUUCAGUAUUUUUAUGAUAGAAACUAUUCUAAAAGUUUCACUUGCUAUCACAUUCAUUCCAUAUCCUUAGAGUUCCUGUGGUAGAAAGUUAAGGAGAAUUUACAAAAAAAAAUAUGAGGUACAUUUACUAGAAUGUUAAUAGAGAAUAAAGUUGGGUCUAACUAAGCUGGCUCUAUUAGGGUUGAAGGUCAGAUUGCAGAUUAUUAUUGGGAAUGAGAACAUUAUUUACAUUUCUCAAACUCAAUGAUCUCUAACCUACCACAAAAUAGAUGUGACCAAACUUCAACGUCUACAAAGUUCUGCUGCUAGUAUUCUAGCUUCGACUAAAAUAUAUGACUCAAUCUCGCCAAUCCUCCAGUCCUCACAUUGGCUGCCUGUUAAAAAGAGAAUCACCUUCAAAUUCAUUUACUUAUACAUCAUUCAGUUUAUUCUCUCUCCCCUACAUAUCUGCGCAGCUCAAUCUCAAAAUAUUAACCUAAUUGUAAUCUCUGCUCAUAAUUCAAUGUAUUAUUGCUCCAGGUACCCAGAAUAAAACAAUGAUGGGGGUAUCAUGCUUUUUGUGUUAUAGGACCAAAACUAUGGAAUCAACUGCCUAUCCAAUUACACCAAAUUUCAUCAACAGAAAUAUUCAAGUGCCAACUGAAAACUUAUUUGUUCCUCUCCCAUUAGCAAUUUGAUAGCAUGGAAAGUGUGUUGUGUUCAGGAGAAUUUUAUUCUUUUUGUAUUUCUUUUUCAUUUUAAGUAUUGUUGAUGUAUAUUUUCUUGAAGUGCCACAAGCACCAAAAGGUGUACAUAUGCGCAAUAUAAGUACCCACUAUCAUUAUAAUUAUUAUCGUGAUUUAAGAAAUCAGGGGCCCGUUUCUCAACACCUGGACAAGUUAG